AUGCUCCCCAUCGCAGUGCUGUUCCAGGUGGCCCUUAUAGUCAGCGGGCAAAAGAAAGAAGACAAGAAAGAAGAAGCUGAAUUCACUUGCCCCGAAGGAGCCGGAAACGGCAACUUCGCAGAUCCGGCAACCUGCAGGAGGUUCUAUCAGUGCGUGGACAACUAUCCCUACCUGAAUAGGUGCCCAUCGGGGUUGUACUUCGAUGAUAUCAACAAAUUAUGCACGUUCAAGGCGGAGGCUAGGUGUGGUCCUUUACCAACAACAAUAGCCCCUAGCACUGAACCACCAGUCGAUUUGGCGGUGAAGUGUGAACCUGCAGAAUGUCAACUCCCAUUCUGCUUUUGUAGUAGAGAUGGUACAAUUAUACCUGGGCGUCUCGAUCCAGAGAAGACGCCACAAAUCAUACUGCUGACCUUCGAUGGAGCAGUCAAUUUAAAUAACUAUGAUCAUUAUAAGCGAGUGUUCUCACCCGACCGACAGAACCCAAAUGGAUGUCCUAUAAGAGGAACAUUUUUUGUUUCUCAUGAAUACUGCAAUUACAACAUGGUACAGUCUUUGGCACAUGAUGGACACGAAAUAGGAACAGAAACUAUAUCAUUGCAACAAGGCCUUCAAGACAAAGGUUAUGAAGAAUGGGUCGGAGAGAUGCUGGGUAUGAGAGAAAUUUUGAGGCAUUUUGCAAAUAUAUCUCGCUCAGACAUAGUAGGAAUGAGAGCUCCUUUCCUGAAGCCAGGAAGAAAUACACAAUAUCAGGUGAUAGAGGAUUUUGGAUUCAUAUACGAUAGUUCUGUUGGAAUACCACCAAGCAAAAUCCCAAUUUGGCCUUAUACACUUGAUUAUAAAAUUCCUCAUGAGUGUAAAUCCGGGACUUGCCCAACCAAAUCGUUUCCAGGUAUCUGGGAAGUUCCUCUGAAUGCUCAUUAUGUCGAAUCUUAUGAAGGAGGCCAUUGUCCGUACUUGGAUCAAUGUGUCUUACAUAAUCAUGAUGCAGAUGAGGUAUUUGAAUGGCUGAGAGAAGAUUUUGAGAGGUAUUACGACCAAAACCGAGCACCAUACAUGAUGCCAUUCCACACCAAUUGGUUUCAAAUAAAAGAGUUGGAAGGGGGGCUUCACAAGUUCAUCGAUUGGGCAAUGAAUCUGGAGGAUGUAUGGUUUGUAACUGUUACUCAAGCAUUAACAUGGAUAACGGACCCCCAUCCUACAAAGGAAUUGACAACGUUCGAACCUUGGAAAUGUAAUAAGAAAGACAACCUACCUCCGCCACCAUGCAACCUGCCAAAUAAGUGCGCACUCACUUUUAAGCCACCAGAGGCGAACUUCAGUACGACAAGGUAUCUUGAGACUUGCAGAGAGUGCCCCAACAAAUACCCUUGGUUAGGUGAUUCUGAAGGAACAGGCAUACCUGGGAAAGACACUUAUCACAGGGAAAACUAAGAAAAUAAGAAUUUGUUCUAGUUUUAAGUGUACUAUAAUAUAAUAAAACAUUAUUGUUAAUUGUAUUUUAUAUAACCCAGGCUUUUCAUUUAAAUUUCGAUCAACCACGUACCGAAACCUAAGAUCCACGAUUAGCUAGAAUUAAGCAGAAAUAAUAAAACAUUAAUGAAUAAAAUGGAUUCCUUAGCUUCAAAAGAAAAUUUAACAGAGUUAUUGAAAGCUUUACGCUUUACAUCGCACAGUCAAUAGAAAUCUAUAACUUAAAAUCUCAUCAAUUUCUGGAAGGAAUUUCAUACCAAAUCGCCACUUAUAAACAUGCUGUUUUUAUAAAAUAGGUUACGACUUACUGACUGCUUGGUGAUUAAUGUUAAGAGCAGAAAUUACUUUAGUAAAAAGAUAAGAGACAUGUGUCAUGGAAAAAACACACAAAACAAUUACAGUUGAACAGAGAAAUAACAUUUCCUUAUUUAUUAAAAAUUAAAUACACCAUGAUUUGACCUAUCUGAGGCAUAUAUUAAAAAUAUUUAUAAAAUAUAAUUUAUUAUCAUAAUGAUAAAUAAUCUAUUUACAUGCAUGGAGGAAAUAAGUGCUUAAAAUUAUAUAAUUUACAUACAAAUUUGAUUUUUUUUUUUUUUUUUCAAUUGUAGAUUAAACACCAUAUUAGUAUUUCAACAUGCCAUUGCUUCAAUAAUAAAUAAUUUUUUAAAACAUAUUGUACAAGAUAAAGCUAAAACUGAUAUAUUUACAGGUUGGCUCAUUAAAAGAGAGUUUUCCCUUCGUUGUCUUACAAAUGGUCUGUAUAAAGUUUCUUAGAAUACACGAAGGAUAGAAAAUUACUAAGAGGACUGAGGAAGGUGAAACAAGUUCAACUCAACGCAGAUUGGUCCUGGAAAAAAAAUUUAAAUAAAAUCAAUAAAAUACACAGUAAAUAAAAAAUUAAAUUAUAGUAAGCAUAUUUAACAGAGGACAUAAUCUUAAAAUUGCCAUUGAAUUCAUGAUAUCUAAUUACAAAUUAAUGUCCAUGGGCUUUUAUCAUAAGAGAAGCAAACACAAAAUUUUAUCAUUAAACAUGACGUAAGCCAUCAUAAAAGGAUAAUAGCGAAUGAGGAUAACUGAAAACUUUCAAUUAUAAAUACUGAAAAAUUGCAAUAAAGAAAAAUGGACAAAUAACUUUUACAGGGAAUAUUAUAUCUGGAUUUAAACAUUUUGAAGAUUUAAUUAAAGUUUCUUUUCAUUAACAAUAUUUAUCGGUUAUCUUCUACAUGAACCAUAUUAGUUAGUUAAAUAUUAAGAAAAUGCAUAAAAGUGACACCUAAUAAGAUUUAUAAGACAUAACCAUCUGAUAAGAUAAGAAUAUCUAACUAGAUUUGUUGGUAAAGUAAUUAUAAGAAAAAAUAAAAAGUUAAUUCUUGGUAAUAUCAACCCGCAAUUCUGACAAGAACUGCCUUACAGAAGGAGGCAUAUGGAAUAUCAUAUUUUAAAAAAUACUAAGAUUAUGUUAAUACGGUUUAUUAUUUAUAAAUACAAAAAUAUCAAUAAUUCAAUGAAACAGCUAUAUAUUUUUUUUUUCACCACAAUCCCACAAUAUUUUGUAUUUUUCUUUAUCUUCAUCAAUGACCAAGAUAAGGUCAAAUGAAAACUGCAAUCAAUUAACAUUAAAACCAUUAAUUUAAACUACAUUUAAAACAAUAUGGCAAAUAGUAAUGUCAAAUGUCAACAAUCGUCUUGGAAUAAUAGGGGUAUGUGCUAUCAUGCUAAGUCAGCAAAAAUUUAGAAUGGUAAAAAACCUGUCUGUGCUAACGUGCUAAAGUGUUAUUAGUUAUAAUAAGGUUAUGCCUGUACUGUAAAAAAAGUUUGCGAGUUUUUAAUUGAUUUACUAACGUUUUGAUUUAUUUAUAUAAUGACAAAGUGAAAAGACUGAGUUGCUGGAUUAUUAGGUUAAAAAUGCUUUAUUAGAAAGCAUGAAUGAAGAUUUAGAAGGCAAAGGACUAGAUGAGUAUAUAGAUGAAAAUCUAGCUAUCUUUAUAUUACAUUUCUGUGGAUAUUGUACACAUAAAAUAACAAAGAAUGAAACACAUCAAAACCUUACCAAUACUGCAACAUUCCCAGUGCGUUUACGAAGUUAGAAACACUUUACAAGAACCUGAAAGGCUGUGUUAAAAUUGACAGUGCUAGCGGCCAUAUUCAACACACAUUUCGUAAAUAAUUGAAGAGAAGAAUGGUUGGGGUGAUCAGUCAAAAAAACAAAUUAUAAAAAUAAAUAAGCGUAUUUAUUUUUAUAAUUUUUGAAAAAUUAGAAAAAAAAAUUGAAACAUUGGUUGGGGUGAUCAGUCAAAAAAGCAAAUUAUAAAAAUAAAUAAGUAAAUUUAUUUUUAUUAUAUAUAUAUUUUUUUUUAUUUAUCACCCUAACCAUUCUUCUCUUUAAUUAUUCUCUACAGUCAACCAUCAAUCCACAGUCAUUUCAUAAAUAAUUUUCUCUAAUUUUACACAUUUGAGGUUUACAAUACUUAGCACUAUUACAUGAACACCCCUAUACUAUACUGAGUUCCGCCUUCAUUAAAUCACCUGGGAUUUGAUGGUUUGCCAUCUUAAAAAUAAAUAAACUGGAACAAUAGACUUGGAAUAAACCCGAUAUUGUUAAAUUUUACAACAAUUAGAAAAGUAAAACCUAAUUUCGAGGGAAAAGGUCAGAUUUUUUUUUUUAUUAUAAUAAAGAAAAAAGUUAUAAUAAUAAUUAUUAUAGACAAUAAUGAACGAUUAGACACUAUUCUACUCCUUGAUAUCAUUUUCUUUCCAAUUUUUUUUUUUUUUUUUGAUUCAAUAUCUAAAUGGACAGAAAAAUUAAAAAAAAAAAGAUAAAUGUAACUAUAACAAAAAUUAUUUAAAAUUUAAGAAUAUAAUUACAAAAAAAGAAAUUGAAGAGGUUAUAAAAGUAUUUAUUUUAGAAUAGAUUAUUUGUAAUAUUUAAUUUUAUUAUUCAGGAAGGAGAUGGUGGCGGUCAUAAAAAAAACUUAAAAUAGUGAAAAACUAUUUUAUUUUGAACCAACGUUUCGACCCAACUAUAAAGGUCUUUUUCAGGACUAGAUCCAAAAAGAUACAAAAGGAUAUAAAAAUUAUAAAUAGUGUGAAUAGAAAGUAAAUAAAAAUAUUAAGAACAAUAAACUAUAUAAACAGAGCAAAUGAAGUAUAACUAAAUAACCAGUUCCUAAACUAAAGUAAAUAAAACAGGUAACAAUAAUUGUAGAAUGGAAAAAUUGGAUGUAAUAAGGAAGAUGAAUAAUAUACGUAAUUAUGAUUGAUCAUCAUUAUUACAUUCAAUUUUUCUUAUCAACAAUUAUUGUUAUCAGUUUUAUUUAAUUUAGUUUAGGGUCAAGUUAUUGAGUUAUACUUAAUUUGUUCUGUUUAUAUAGUUUAUUGUUCUUGAUAUAUUCACACUGUUUAUAAUUUCUAUCUAAAUAUCGUGUAAUUCCUACAAUUUUAUAUAUCCUGUUGUUUGUUCUAGCCCUGAAGAAGACCUGCAUAAUUGGGUCGAAAUGUUGGCUUAAAAUAAAGUAAUUUUUCACUACUUUAAGUAUUUCUAUGACCCCGGACCAACUCCUUACUGAAUAUUAUACAGCAGUCAACUGUUUAGUACUCAAUAUUUAAUUUUAAGUAAUAAUCAUAAUUUUUUUCAUUUAAUAUUAAUGGUUUCGGAUGCCAAAAGUUAUAAGGAUAAAGAAAGUUAUUUCAAGAUCUAGACAGUGCUGAAUGAAGGCGAUCUAUAACAUUAAUGUAAUAUAAUCGUGGGCUGAUGGUUGAAUGUAGUGAAUAAUAGAAAAGAAGGAUGGUUAGGUGAUCAGUAAAAAUAUAAAAAAAAUUCUUGACUGAUCCCCCCAACCAAUCUUAUUUUCAAUUAAUGUAAUAUAAGUACGAUAUUAAUCACUAAGAAGUAAUAUAUCACAAGACAAGAAAUGAUUUGUUUGAGAUAAAUUAUUACAUGCUUAACAUUAGCCAUACACUGUCCCUGAUGCGAAGGGGACCAAUCAGCUGGAACAGCUUCCUCCGUUUCGUCAGAAUAAAGAAGAGCCUUUAUGGUUCUCAAUAAUUCAUCAAUUCCCCUUCCGAUAACGGUGUCAUACAUGUUCAUAGCUCUCAAUAUACCUCUUUUAUCGAUUAUGUAUGUUGCCC